AAAUAAAUUAAAGUAAAAUAAAAUGAUAUGGGGUGGGUACCAUAUUAUCCGUCCCAUCCCGAUUACCUAUUGGGGCGUGGCAAUGCAGGGUAUUUUGCCAUCCUUAGUUUUGAUUGGUGGUCUUUGGAAGAACUUUGCCCAUCUGCAUACUCUAAUAGGUUUGAAACGUUUCAACAUAAUUUGAUUGCAUCUUCAAUCCAUGAGAUAUAUGCUUGCUUACUAAUAGGGCCUAUCUGGAUUUUAGUUGGUGGACUUUUGAAGAACGUUCCUCAUCUCCGUACAUGAUAGGGAAUUCAACAUUUCUCAACAUCAUUUAAAAGCUUUUCUUCUGAUAUCCAGCUUCAUAUGAUAUAAGCCUGGAUAAAUAACUGACGAAAAAAGCUGAAACCAUUAUAAAAAUGGACAAGUAAUGACCAUAUGAUACAGGUUUUAAAGCUUGAAACCAUAAUUUUCACAGUUAUGUUUGUUAUGCUGACAAAGAACAUUGAAAGUAUAGGAGUUGCUACAUGAACGAAAUAUUUAUCGCUUUCCCUAUUGUGCACCAAUAUGACAAGAAAAUAUGAUGUUUAUUGUAGGAAGAGCAUGAGACAAGAUUACAGCAGUUACAUGGUUACUGUUCAUUUCAAAAGCUUUUUAUAUAAGCUUGUCUCUCGUUCUGAUAUCAUUUCAGGACACCAGACCAAUGACAAGAAGUGCUGGAAAGGCUUAAACCUAGCCAUUUUAAAUCAUUUUAUCUUCCUGCAAAGCAACUAUUUUUCUCCCUUCAAAUUGUUUUGUUUUACGAUAACUUGUUGCUAUACACUGCUAAGUCAAAAGUCACUUGUUUACCGUGUUUUUUUCAUAAUGCAGAUGUUGAUAUAUGAGUUCAUGUCUAAUGGUAACUUGAGAGACCACCUAUCCGGUAACUCAAAAGUGCCUUUGACUUUUGCUAUGAGAUUAAGAAUUGCAUUGGGUUCAGCCAAAGGUAUACUUUACCUACAUAUGGAAGCCAAUCCUCCAAUAUAUCAUCGUGAUAUCAAGGCAAGCAACAUAUUAUUGGACCCUCGAUUUACCGCCAAAGUUGCUGAUUUUGGACUAUCCCGACUUGCUCCAGUUCCCGAGCUUGAAGGAUUGGUACCUGCUCAUGUAUCUACGGUAGUUAAGGGGACCCCUGGAUACCUUGAUCCAGAGUACUUCCUAACUCAUAAGUUAACAGACAAAAGUGAUGUCUAUAGCCUUGGAGUUGUAUUUCUGGAGCUCUUGACUGCGAUGCACCCGAUUUACCAUGGCAAAAACAUUGUUAGGGAGGUCAACAUUGCAUAUUCUUCUGGAAUGAUAUUCUCUAUUAUCGAUGAUCGGAUGGGAUCUUAUCCUUCUGAAUGUGCAAUGAAAUUCAUGAAGCUGGCUCUUAACUGUUGCCACGAUGAUACAGACACCCGACCCUCAAUGGUCGAAGUGGUUAGAGAACUCGAAAGCAUAUGGUUAAUGAUGCCAGAAUCCGAUACCAUGAUGUCAGAAUCCGUAGUAUCUGGUCCUGAAAAGAUGUUCACUCCAACAUCUUCGUCCUCUACACUGAAAACUUCUUAUGUUUCGCAAGAUAUAUCUGGCAGUGAUCUUGCCUUUUCUUUUUUUUUUUUUUUUUAA